AUGGGCGCCGUGGCUGAAACGUUUAAAGGCUACCAGUACUAUGAGUUUGCAAUGCUUAAGGAUCUCGCUUCUGAAAGUCGGCGUCUUGCAGCCUCUACGGCCGCUAAGUGUGACCGGCAGUUGGCAUCUGAAGCCACAGCACCUCUGAGCGAUGAGGAUGAGGUUGGACCAAACACCGACAAUCCAUCAGGUCCUCAACGGCAGAUUGAUUCAGAAAAUAAUCGCGAAGCGGCCUCGAAAAAGUGA